UGCACUUUCUUUGGUAUUUUUAUGUAAUUGUUAAUACACUAAGGCUGCAAUAUCCAUCAGUUUUCUUUUGUUGAUCAGCUACUUUACACUGGAGUUUUAGAUGCCAUGCCCACACAAGGCAAUCUACAAGCUCAACCAACUGAUGCUUUUGGUUCUAAAGGGAAAACCUUUGUGGUUAACCCAGGGGACGGGAAUGUUUUGCGAUGGCCUCAUGAACAGGGUCCUCCUAUUCAGCCACAUGUAAGUGUAACUUCAAAUAUCAAGGCCUCGGGAGACAAUAUAGUGGCUCCACCAAUUGGUGAUUUCAAUUUGAAUGGAAGAAUAUCCUCUAGUGGGAAUAAUCAGAUAGCUGAAUAUCAUGUUACAGAUAUACAAGUGCCUCAUAAACAGGAUGAUGCUAAAGGGAUGGUAAAUUGUUGUUUAACAGCACAAUUUAUUGAUGAUAGUUGGGAAUUGAAGAAGAAGGUACUUGCUUUUGAAAGAUUAGAGCAUGAUUUUGAUGCAGCAUCAUUGUGUGAGAUUUUUAAGAGAGUGCUUUCGAAUUGGAAUAUUGAAAGGAAAACAUACUCCUUAACAGUCCACAGUUCCUUGCCUAAUGUUGAGAUCGUUCAUGACGAGAAAAUUUGGCCUGCUGGCAUUUUCUAUCUCAGUUAUGAUAAGUGCAUCAGAGACAUAAAUUGUAUGAUUGUUGAUGUAUCUUUAAAAAGCAUUUAUGAAGUGUACGAGAAGAUGAAUCAUUGGGAAAAUAAAGAUUAUACUUUGAUGAAUGUGGAAUGCAGUAAUAAUUGGAGAAUUUGUAGCUUGAUUUUGGCUGUUGUUGCUAUUCUUCACCCAUCCUUGAAGCUUGACUUUGUGGAGUUUGUGUACAAGGGAAUCUAUGAGGAUACCAUUGCAAAGGAACACCUGGACAAAAUUUCUAAUUUUCUUAGAAGUCUUUAUGAUAAAUAUGCUAGUAGUUGCAGCAAUCACACAAAAUUUACUACUGCCAUUGGGGAUACUUGUUCUUCAUCACCGGCUAAUGCUGAUGAUAAAGUGUUGGACUCUUUUAGGAAGUAUAAAGUUUCCAAACAAAGCCGACCAGAACUUUGUCAGUAUUUGGAAGAGGAUGAAGGCUCCUCAAUGAAAAUUAACAUUUUAAAUUGGUGGUGCAAAAACAGCUCAAGAUUUCCAACACUAGGGAUGAUGGCUCGGGACUUUUUAGCCAUACCUUUGUCAACCUUUGUGUCAAAUUCUGCAUUUACCACAGAAGUUAAGAAAAUUGUUUCCAGCAAUGGUGAUCAAGAUUUGAAGAUCAUAAAUGCAAUGAUAUGCUACCAAGACUGGUCAGCAUUAGUAAAAGCAUCAGUAGGCAAUGAGAAGAGAGAUGAAAAGUUAACAAGGGAACCGAGAGUGUGGUCAGAAAAGGAUGUUCGGGAGUACUUGGUUUGGAAUUUUACAAAAGACGAUAUACAGCAUUUGGGAAAUUGGGAGAAUCAUAAAAGCACAGGACAAUCGAAGGUGAAAGAAUCAAUCUUAACUCCUCUUUUCAUCCCUCUAGUUGAUGCUAUUAUCCAAGCAACACCACAAGUGUAUUAUAUUGGGGAUGAGACCAUGGAUACAUACUUUGGUUUACUUAAGAGAAGGUCUGAAGAAAAUCCAAACAUUUUCUUGAAGCACGAUUACGUGGAUUCUUUAACAAUGAAUUUCUUGCUCAAUGGAUGCGAGCCUAUUGUGCCAAGUUGGAUCACUCCUGAGAAACAAAUCAAUACAUGCAAGUUGUUUCUACCAUUUUGUUUGUCAGACCAUUGGACUCUUUUCUAUGUCGACAUCAAGUAUCACAAAUUUGUAUGGUUGAAUUCACUUAGAGAUACUACAGAAGUGCCCAGUGUUACCCUAAAACAAAUUAGGAGCUGGUGUGAAAAUACUUUAUUGCCUGCCAUGGGCCUAAACAGUGCUACGAAUUGGCCUCUCAAUGUUCCAACAGAUAUUCCUAAGCAACAAAAUGGGAUUGAUUGUGGCAUUUUUGUAAUGAAGUAUGUGGAUUGCCUUACACAUGCCAAUUGCAUUGGUUUCCCCUUUUCUCAAGAGGACAUGCCUCACUUUCGGACGCGUAUAUUUCUUGAUUUACACAAUCAAAAAAUACAUGUUCCUGAAAGCCUGCAGAGCAAAGCAGAUGGGAUGAUUUUCUGAUCAUUUUUUUUCUCUUCUAAUACUUUAAUGGUCUUUUUCCUUUGUUCUGAUACCAACUGCAAAGCAAAUCUGAUGGGAUUAUUUUCUAAUUAUUGAUCUUUUUUUUUCUUUUCUAAUGCUUGUAACGGUCUUUUCCCUUUGUUUUGAUACCAUCCUGCAUGGCAAAGCAGAUGCUGUGAUUGUCCUGCCCAUCAAAGUGGUGUAUAUACAUAUGGCCUUUUGUUCAAAUGGUUAUAUAUGUUGUUAAAUGUCUAUUUCAUACAUUGAUGCAUAGAGGAAUGGUUAUUAGAAGGGUUAUUAAUUAGUAGGCCCUGCAUAAAGUUUCAUUUUUCUU